GUAUUUAGAAGCCUGGGUGUAGGACAUUUUUGUUUGAUAGAUCUGUAUUUGCAAAUACAGCCAAGAGUGUCAAGAAAAGGAGAAGUGAUACCACCACAUACCAAGCGGCUAUUGAACAAAACAGUGCACCACAUAUCAGUGUUAAAACGUAUACAUAUUAAAAACAGAUUUUCCUCUUUAUUCUUGCAUGAUUUUAGACACAGCUGGCAAAGGGAAGCAUCGCUGCAGUGUGAAGGUUGACCGACCAAGUAGAAAGAAAACGUCUUGACUCACAAAGAUCCUGAUAUGUCGGGUGAAGUUCUCUACUCCGAUGUGAAGUUUCCUCAGAAAAACAAAGGCAGAAAAGCAGCUGAUCAAACCAGCACAGGAGAUGGAAAUGAUGUCACCUACGCUGACGUGAAGUUUGCAGAAGCUCCAAGUGCCCAGAAACAGGGAAAGGAAAGUGAUGUCACAUAUGCUGCAGUGAAGUUUGCAGAAGCUCCAAGUGACCAGCAACAGGAAACCUCUAAUGGCACAGCAGAUCCUUCUGUCUGCAGAGUGUUUUCGUGCAGACAGGUUGCAUUGGUCGUGACGUUGCUGUGCUUGCUCUUAAUGGCUGCCAUGAUAUUCCUUGCAUUCUACCUUGUGGGCGUCCUCCAAGGUGUCCCACACUGUCCACAGGAAUGGGAGAUGUCCAGUAACAAGUGUUACUUCUUCUCAAAUGAUAGAAUGGACUGGAGUUCCAGUCAUAAAAACUGCACAUCAAUGGGGGGUCACCUGGUGAUUAUAGAGACUGUGGAAGAACAGAGAUUCCUAUCAGAAAAAUCUAAGCAGAUCCUGAACAAUACUAUUCUGACCAUGAAAAAAGAGCUGCAGCACUGGAUCGGACUGACCGAUGUGGUAAAAGAAGGAGACUGGCUCUGGGUGGACAACACAACUCUCAAUUCAAGAACAGUAUACUGGGCCACUAGACAGCAUGAUGGUGGUAAAGAGCCAGAUAACUAUGAUAAACUGGACACAUCUGGGGAGGACUGUGUACAUCUACUUCCAGUAAAGAAUAACACCCUGAACAUCUGGUACGAUGCAUUAUGCUCAGCUCAGUAUAAAAGGAUCUGUGAAACAAUACCACAGCUGGUCUAAACAAUCCACAAGCAAGGGUUUUAGCUACAACUAUUUAAAUAAAAAAAAAGAAAAACAUCAAUUACAUAAUUCUGAAAAAUAUCCAAAUCAUAAUGAAAAAACACAGCAACACAGCAACACUUCCCAUUCUAACAUCACUUGAACUAUUCCAUCAUUACAGACCUGUAUAUGACAGGUCUAGUAAAGAGAAAUCCACUCAAUACAGCACACCAGUAAACUAAUCAAGUGUCUGCUCAUAUAUUGCGCUUUGUUAUUUCUGUUUCUGUACAAGUCACUGGAACUGUUUAAUUUGUUUAACUGUAUUGUCUUUUUAAAGUGAUUUAUUGCUGAAAGGUUUUAAGGAGGUGAGGCUUAUUAUUUUCCAAUGUGUGUAUAUUAUUUUUUCAUAUACAGCUGUGGCCAAAUGUUUUGCAUCACCUAGAAUUUUAGGAUGAGACAUAAUUAAAACAAAAACGAUAUGAACAUUAUGAUAUAUAUUGUUUUAACAUUAUGUAAUCAAAGAAACUACAAAAUUAUAUCUCAAAAGUCUACCGGAAGUCAUAAUAGUAGUACUGUACAGUAUUUUGUGUUAGAUUUUGAAAUGUCACAUUUUUUCAAUAUUUGUCAGUUUUUUGUUAAGUAUAUGGUAAUCUACAAAGCAUUAUAUAAUUCUUAUGUUAAUGUAACAUUAUUCAACACUUUUUAUUUGACUUUAUGAAGCAAAAUGACUUAUAAUAUAAUACUUGUAUGUCUAUGUGGCAGGGCAGAAACCCUGCAUGUGUAAAUAAUGUGUAAAUAUAAAGUUAAAUGUGAAAAAGUGUGUGUUAGAUAUGGCAGGGCUGGAAGUUAAGAUGUCAGCCCUGGUUGUUUUUGGUGUGUUUUUGGUGGUGGUUGGCAGGGAUAGGGUUAAUUCCUAUGCCUGCCAAAUAAUUGUGCAGAAUGUAGCCAGGUGUUGAUUGAAUUAUUAGUUCUCAAUCAACCCUGGCCACAUGGUAUUAAAGGGAUCUAAAGAACUCCAUUUAGAGUGAGAGCCUGCGAGAGAGACACAUGCUCCUGAAUGUGUGUUUAAAAACCUCAUGUGAUAGCACUGCCUGGGUUCUUUUGUUUGUUCAUUUUUGUGGUAUGUGAUUGUUUUGUUAUAACCUUUAUUUUGCUAUGCGCGCUGUGUUUUGUUUUCUUAUUUUCAUUUAAUAAACCAGUGCAGCAGAGAUUAAACUGCA